AUGGCGGAUGACCUGAAGCGAUUCCUGUAUAAGAAGUUACCAAGUGUUGAAGGACUCCAUGCUAUUGUUGUUUCAGAUAGAGAUGGAGUACCUGUUAUUAAAGUGGCCAAUGAUAAUGCUCCAGAACAUGCUUUUUCGAUAUUGGACCCUAACACUUUGAGACCUGAUUUCUUAUCUACUUUUGCCCUUGCUACCGAGCAAGGGAGCAAACUUGGACUUUCAAAAAAUAAAAGCAUAACCUACCAGGUGGUUCAGUUUAAUCGCUUAUCUUUGGUGGUGAGUUUCAUAACCAGCAGCAAUGACAAUACAGGACUAAUUGUCAGCCUAGAAAAGGAACUUGCUCCAUUAUUUGAAGAAUUGAUAAAAAUUGUGGAAGUUUCUUAAUGUGACACUGGCUUCCGAUGAGUGUCUUGUCUUCAUUGUAACAACACAAUA